AUGUGCGACAAACGGCUGUGCGCCUGCGAGAAAAAAGCAAGGCCGGGCUUCAUGAAUCCGAACGACAAGCGUGUGAAGUCUCUCGAGCAGGCCUACGCACAAUUUGCCCAAAUCGAUAGCAGAUCGCUACUAAAGAAACAUUUAACGCAGCAGGUGUUCGAUAUGCUGAAGACACGUGUAACGAACUCUGGCUCCACUUUGAUGGACGUGAUCCAAUCGGGUUUGAAGAACCCAGACUCCGGCAUUGGUUUGUACGCAGCCGAUCAGCACGCUUACGACGUGUUCUCAGCGCUGUUCAACCCAGUGAUCGAAGAGUAUCAUAUUAAUUUCACAUCGGACGACGUUCACCCGGACUUGGACUGGGGUCUACCAGAGCAGCUAGGAGAUCUCGAUCCCGAGGGACGGUUCGUGAUCUCGACGAGGAUUCGUUGCGCCAGAUCGGUCAACGGAUAUCCGUUAAAUCCCACCAUGACUGAAGCUCACUAUCUAGACUUGGAGGCAAAGAACUCUGGGUUUUUAACUGUCGCAUGGUCGCUGAAAGGAAAAUCGUUGAGUCUUUGGACUUUUGUUUCGCGUAUUAGUGGUAGAAGAGGAUCAUUUUUUAGUAGCUUUUUUCUUUUUUCAAAGGCUGCAUUCGUCGGACAAAGAAUGAAAAAUAUACAGCAAGCCUUAAACUCGUUAGAGGGCGAACUGAAAGGGACAUAUUACAGUCUGGUCUCGAUGGACAAAGUGACACAACAACAACUGAUAGAGGAUCACUUUCUGUUCAAGGAGGGUGAUCGAUUUUUAGAGGCGGCCAACGCCAAUAGGUUCUGGCCAAGC